AUGUCAGCACUAUGCAAAGUCACAAGGGUUGUGGGAAUUCCAAGAGAGAGAGUGGUGACAUUGGGGUUGGGGUUGGCCAGUGCUGCUCCAUGUCCUGCCACCACACUUGCUGUAGUUCUUCACACCACUCCUCCACUCUUUGCACCCACUCCUCCCACUGCUGCACCCCCUGCUCCAGCUCUGUGUGUUGUUGCACCAGCUCUGGCUGCUGCUGCACCAGCUUUGGCUGUCUCUGCACCAGCUCUGGCUGCCUCUGCACCAGCUCCACCAGCUCCACCAGCUCCUGCUGCAUCAGCUGCUGCUGCUCCAGAUACUCCACCUCCAACAGCAGCCAAUCAUCCUGCUGCCACCACUGCCCCUGGUACCGCUGCUGGUGCCGCUGCCGCAGCCACUGCCAGUGCUGCUGCCACCCCAGCAUGCGACGAAGCCAAGAAAGCCUUGAAUAGGCAUCACACACAACAAGCUCAAUGUGGGCUAAGAGGCUCCUGGUUUUCUAUCUAA